UUUUCUUGCCACAAAAUGCUGAUCAAAGUCAAAACCCUCACGGGCAAGGAAAUCGAGAUUGACAUUGAGCCGACCGACCGCGUCGAUCGCAUCAAGGAGCGCGUCGAGGAGAAGGAAGGCAUCCCGCCAGCACAGCAGCGUCUGAUCUUUGGAGGCAAGCAGAUGAACGACGACAAGACGGCGGCAGAGUACAAGAUUGCUGGUGGAUCAGUGCUGCACCUCGUCUUGGCAUUGCGAGGCGGCUGCUGAGAAACACCGAAACGUCGGUUGGAGCAUUAUUCACUCAGCAGCUGAGCACGCAAGCAACAGAGUGUUGGUGUGCUUGAUGUGUGUGUGUGUGUGUGUGCGCUCGUUGUUGACUUGUUGCCUUUUGUUUGUAGAAUCGAUACUUGAUUUUAUUCGCGAUGAAAAACUGAUCAAAAAUAACACAUUUUGCAUCAACCAAAA